AAGCUUGAAGUAGGCGGGGACUUCGCCUACACGUGCUGCUCUCACACGAUUGGCAUUUAAAACGAAAUGGAAGGGGCCGUGGUUGAAAAGCUUUAGAACGACAUCCUUUCGAUUACGAACUUAAAACUUUGUUUCACGUUAAUGUUGAAACAGCGACUAAAAAAUCUGCAUAAGACAGCAGUUCCCGAACAAUUUGAAACGAAACUUGGAUAACUAUCGAGUAAACUGGAAAGGACCUUGUUCUAAACCUUGGGCAUGAUGGUACCGGAGGAAGAUAGAAAAAAGUAUUACGCCUUCGAUGUUGCUUUUAGUUUUUUUGCUGCUUCGUAGAUUUUCAUAAGAUUUCAAGCGCGCUUUGCAUUACUGUUCCAACCAAGAAGCUUCAAUCCACUCGUUACGAAGUACCUGGUGGUUGCGUCUCCGCCCAUAAAAUUACUUCUGGCCAUCAUUUCAGCUAAGAAGCUUGUCAGAACCAUGUGGAUACGGUACAGGAGAAAACUGUUGAGCAGAAUGUAGUGUCGCUUUUUUUUUUCUUUUUACCCUCUCCCUGCAACUCGUAAUUGAACAACACUGUGACUCUUUGGAUGCUGAUCGACUGCAAAAUUUUCCGAAGUGAUCAUCAGCAUGUGCUGCGUUUGAAGAACUGGAUCUCUCGAGCUGGCUGAACAAGAUGGAAUCCAAAAAUUUGCAGGAAAAGGUUCUAGACGAUUGCUGACGGCCGCGUGCUGAGGAAGACAUAUAUUUGGGGUUGGGCUUCUCCUCCUUUCCAAGGAAGGUGACUUCGCUGGUGGGGAAGAUCAAACACGCCUUGGCACUGCCGUAUAGCCGCGAGGGGAGGCGGUCGCCCGAGACAACCCUCGCCGACCGCGGACUGCUUCUGGGUCUUUCUGAGGAAAGUGCGGGCGGGAAGCCAGGCUGAGCGGAGGACGGCGCGGGCGUCGUCGUGAUUGGUGCGUCGCGGCGGACUGCCCUCGGAGUGUCGGCGGGCAUGAGCGGGGUGGGGCAGCAGCAACAGCAGCAGUACCAGGAGACAGCGGGGGACCUGAGGAGGAGUCACAGCAAAGUGGAAUUCACCAGGGAGAGGAGUUUCGUCCGUCAGCAGCACCACCACCAGGUGGUGCGCGAUGCAGGCUCCAACCGGCGCCGGCCCAACGCCCCGCCGCCUAACCGAGGUAAACCCACCAUGGAGAUAUACCGACCGCCCAAUGUAAGGACUGAUGUUCUGCAGAACGGUAUGUUGGUACCGAACCCUCGCCUUAACGUCCAUGCCAAAGAGUUUACCAUGAAGCCCGGUGACCUGAGUACCUCCCGGUCCAGCAUGAACCUGCCGGCAGCCCUGGGCAGCCACGCGCAGCGACCCCACGCGCUGCAGUCGUCCAAGUCGAGCGGCAACGUGCUGCACCAGCUGCACCACUCCAAGUCGAGCGGCAGCAUGCUGCACCAGCUGCACCAGCUGCACCCUGGGGCGCCGCAGGGCCACCGCGUACAUUUCCAGUUGGAGCCCCAGGCGGGCCCGACGGAGCUGCCUCCUGCCCAGCACAUUCCCCCGUCGGGGGACUUCCCCGCCGGCAAGUCCCCCCUCAAGUCGUACAGCGCCAGCGAGAUGAAGACUGUACCCGGGAACGCCAACGGGAACAAGCUGGUGCCGGACGCCCUUGAGAGCCGCCUGAUGCGCAUCUCCCCGGCCUUGCAGACAGGCCUCAAGCGGUCCAAGAGCCUGGGCGCGGCGGACAUGGGUCGCCAGGCGGCGGCCGGCUACCGCGUGGCCAAGGAGGCGCCCGACCUGGGGGAGUUCCCCGCCGAGAUCCAGGCCGCCAUCCGGCAGGCGGUCGACGAUCCCAACAGACUGUCUGCUCGCAUGCUGAUGGAGCUCGUCAAGCACAUCAUGGGCCGGGUCACGGACAGUGUGACCUAUGCUCUUCCUGCUGCCAAACUGUGCAUCACUAUUAUCGAGAAGGAGCAGGAGGAGACAUUCCUGGAGUCGCUGCUGAACACGUGCCGGCAGUGGUGCCAGGAGCGCGACAGGAUACUCAAGAGCGGCCCCUCCACCACGCGCUUCUGCGCCUUCAUGCAGUUCCUCAACGAGAUGUACUGCGAGCUGAAGCGACGGCAGCUGCAGCUGAAGACGCAGUACGACGGGGUGCCCCCGAGGCUGGUGCUGCUGUCGCUGCUGCAUGAGUGCUGCCAGGAGUGCCUCAAGCCCCCGAGCACGCAAGGCGAGACGGACAGCCUGUUCUUCGUGCUGACGUCGGUGGGGCGGGACCUGGAGCAGGAGCUGCCCGGCAAGCUGACGCACCUGAUCGCGAGUGCCCGGGACGCCUUCCUGCUGACCCCGGGCCUGCCUCCCGUCAAGAAGACGCUGCUGCAGCUGAUAGAGCUGCGGGCGGCCAAGUGGCAGCUGUCUGCCUCUGCCGUGAUGUACUACACGACGCAGCACUGACUGCAGUCUCCGCCGUACGUGCAUUCCCGUCCAUCUCCAACAUGUUCGAACCCGCAUCCGACGGUCAUUCAUGGCAUCGACACGAAAAUCACCUUGAGCGUAUCCGAACAUGUUCCAACUAACUAUACGCAACCUGUCAGGAUCACCGAAAGUCUGGAUUAAAUAAAAAUUUUCCUUAAAAUGCACGUAAUACAAGUUUGGUAUGGCAAAACUACAAAAAUUAAUGGUUUUUCUUCAUACAUACAACAUUUCCUAAAGCUUAAUUCCUUAAAGUUUAAUUAUAGUUUAAUUAUGGUACACUAUAUGUACACCGAAGCUUUUACGUAAAAAAAAAAAGAGUGAAUCCUGCUUUUUCGUAAUGCAGUCCAGGUGCACAGGACAUCUGCACGAGCGAGGCCUGGACUAGCAGGACUCUUCUGUAAAACAAAUUGUUAAAAGUGGUAACAAAAGUUGCCCGGAAGAAAUCACUUUUUGACACAUUUCGCUGUUCUGAACAUCUUUCUCAAUAAAAAAAAUAUAUCAAGCAGUUGGUUACUAACUUCUUUAACCUACAUAAGUAAAUUAGUUUUUACAAGGCUGGUGCCAUAGUUUUUGGAUCACAAUAUUAUAUUUAAAAGAGUAAAAAUAUGUAUUAAAAAACUUGCAAGUUAUUUUAUCAUCUAUAUAAAAUAUAAAUGAUUCAAAGUUUUUUGCUACUCAUUAAAAAUCUUAAAUGUUUAUAUUUAUUGGGAGGGAAAUGUUUUUUGGUUUCCCAUUAAUGUGUAAAAUAAAACUGGAAAGACUUUACAAACAAAUACAUAAUAAUGUUGCCUAUGCAAUGAGUGCAGGUUAGGAACAUACUUUUAAAUUUGUAAAAAUUUUAAAAAUACCAUGGAUGUAGUGAUAAACAAUGGGAAAUUUAUGAGGUCAUUACAAAUAUAAAAAGGGUUAGUAAGAUGAAAUCAGAAUGAAAUGUUUGCUUUGCAGAGAGGUCCAAAACACUGCUAAAGAACAAUCUCAGUCUUCACACUAACAUGUGCAACAAGCAUUUUGUAGUGUAAAGUAUGUUUGUAUUGUUUGCAGUGCUAGAUCGUCAGUCUUCCUACUUUGAAAACUAUGCUGAAUAUGCUGUCCUUUGUGAUUAAUAUAAUGUUGUUUUGUCUGCUUACAUUAUUUGACUGUUUUUGUAAUUUUUGUUAAACAUUUUGUAGUAAAUCUUCUUUGUAUUAUUAAGUGUUUGUAAAGUCCAGAGUACUGCUAGAUAUGUAGCUUACUUUUGUAAAUAUUAGUAUCAUUAUUGAUUUUAAAUUGUAUUCUUGUAUGAUUUAUUUACACUUUGUCCAAUGAUUCAAAUGCUUUGAAUAGUUGGUAUUACCUAAUACUGUGCCAGUGUUGUUACAUGUAGUUGUGAAGUAUUAAGUAUGGGUUUUUGCUGUGACUUAAGUUAUGUGUUAAGUUGGUGAUGUCAGUUUUUAUAAUUUGUGAUGAUGUUACUUGGUCCAUGUUUAUCUAUAGUAACAUCAUCCCAUGUGUUUAUCUCUCUCUUUUACUUGUGAAAUAUAGUGUAUAUUGUUAUGCAGUUUAAUGAUUUGUUAUUUUAACAAAAUUUUUAUAAUUUCAAUCUAACAUCGUUGAUAUUUUGAUCUAUUAUUGGAAUAAAAUAAUUUUAUGAGUAAAUUGUUUAAAUUUGCAUAGAAUUUGGCCAAAAAAUGCAUAUAUGAUAAAUUAUAACACAUUUAAAACUUUAUACAUAAUUUUCAGGUGUUACAAUUUCUCAGCAGUAGAAAUAAUAUUUUUAGCAAAAACGUCUAUAAUAAAAGAUUUCUUUUUUUUAAUUUUUUAUUUAUCUAGUUUACUUUAUGAACAUGAACCAACAAACAAAAAUAAAUCCUGUGACAAUAUAUGAAUGGUGUCUAGUUACCCAAACAUCUACCAUUUUGCUAAUACAGACAAGAAGAAAUUUGUAAAUAAAAAUACACUGGACAUUCAACAUUAAGGGUUGUAGUCUUCAAUUUUUUUUUGCAAGACUGUGGUUGUGCCAAAUAGUUAGCAUUUUGAUAGUGUUGAAAAGUUUCUUAUGCAAAAAAAAAUAUUUUUGUGCAAACAAUUGUACAUUGUGAUGAAUGUAACUUACUUAAUGCAUAUGUGUUAGAUAAAACUACUAUUUAAUGUUUACUAGUCGUACAAAGUAACACACAUUGUGUGCUGUAAUACAACAGAUAUGUAGAAUACAGAGAGAGCUUUAAUAUUUUUACAAAGCAGAAGUUAUCUUGUUUGAAAAAAUUCACACUUUAUGUUAUAUAGAAAAUGCUUAGUCUUAUAGAUUUUAAUAUUUAGUACAAACACAAGAUUAAGAAAUAUUUUGAAAUUUUUGAGAUUUUUAAUGAUGCUGAAAUAUGAAUCAUGAAAAAAAAACAUUUUUUAAUUUCCGCUGACACACAACAAAUUAAAAAACUUUCUGAACACUGACAAAGCAACCAGUUUGUCCUAGACGGGAUAUAAUUAAUUUAUUUACGUAUGUAAGCACUGAAAAGUGUGUAAAUAUAUAAACAAUUUUUUUUUAUGGCUAAGCGUAAAAAUUAAAGAAUGAGUGUAAUACAAAUUUAAUAUUUUUAUUUAUAAGGAGAAUGUUUGCAAACAAAUCAUGUCAUGUUGGAGAUUUAUCACAACUUAACCUGAGCUAAAUACAGCUAUCAAAGAUUUUUUGGCUGUGCAAAACUCAAAAUGCAAAUUAAAACCACCAUUUUUAUGUCUAGUCUAAAUAUGUCUAGAAUAGAGAUUAAUUUUUAAAUUUACAGUGCCUUAUGAGUUAUGUGGACACUAUGCUUCUAGGUAUAUUAAAUUUUUUAAUACUCUGUAAUUUUUGUAAUUACUAGAAUGAAAAGUGAGAUUCAAUAAAUACUUUAAAAAGGUGCUUUUUUU